GCUCCCGCAAGAUGUCCCGGUAGCGCCGCCGAGGAAGUGCAGCCCGCUCGCUAGUGACAGCGGCCCGCCUCGAGGUCCUCGACCAUGGUCUCGGCCGGCUGCAUGGGCGGGAGCUCCGCUAUCGCACGAGCAAGCGAAUUUGGUGGGAGCUCGCGGACGGGAGCUAGGCCGCAGGCGCGCGCGCGUGCGGGUGCUCCGCAGGCAAGCAAGCACGCUGCCUAUCCGAGAGCUAAGAACUGGGCAAGGAAGCAAGCUAGCUGCCAAGCAAGAGAGCUCAUCGCUCACGGUGAAUUGAGCCAUGAACGUCACGACAUCUCAGCUAGCCACCUACGACCUGGCCAAGGAGGCCAUCCUCGCGCGCCGGGGCACAGGCGCCGACGGCCUCGCCACGAACGUCGCCGCCAGCUUCACUGCGGGCCUCGUCGCCGCCACUGCUGCGCGCAGCUGCUUGCCUGUGUGCUGCGCGCUGCCAGCCUGCGUGCUGCCUGCUUGCUCGCUGUUUGCCUGCCGCUGCCUGCCCCCGCCGCUGUGCAGCCGCUGCCUGUCGCUGCCCCUGCAGCCCGGCGCUCGAGUGGCCGCGCCCUGCCCCUACGCCCUACGCGCGGGUGGUUCGGCGGGGCCACGCCUGCGGCCCGGCGCGCGGGUUGCCCGGAUCCGGUGCACAGCGGCGUCGGCGGUGGCCAGUGUUCGGCAGCAGGGCGCGGCCACCUGAGCGGCGCUGAGAACGUGCGCGGAGCAGAGCCGGCGGACGUGGCGCCAGUGCUUGCCG